AUGCCCGGCAUGAAUGCACUUCUCGAGAGAUACGAGAAAGCCGGUGUAGUUGGUCUUGGAUUUCCAUGUAAUCAAUUCGACCUUCAAGAACCAGGUCGCAAUACGGAAAUCAUGAAUGAAUACAUGUAUGUACGUCCUGGUAAUGGGUGGACUCCUCAUGAUAAUUUCCAUAUUUUCUUCACUAUUGACGUGAAUGGAGAGUCGACACAUAAAGUGUAUGAGCAGAUGAAGGGUGCUUGUUCAGCGUACGAUGAGUCGCUUGGGACGAGAACCAGGUAUAAAUGGGAAGAAUUAAAUGCUCGUGACAUCCAGUGGAACUACGAAAAAUUCUUGGUGGAUACAACUGGAAAGGCUAGGUAUCGGUUUGACAAACUGACAACUUUGGAAGAACUGUAUCCGUACAUAGACCUGCUACUCGCUGAGACUCCCAUUCAGCCAACAAACGAUCCGGACUUCGGUGGAGUUUAAACCAACGAACAAUAUAUCAACUUUAAUUCAUCUUUAAUCGAAUGACAGUCUUUCAUUUUUGACAAAAAUGCGCUGUUAUCUUUCAAAUUUGACACUUUUGAAACCCACUCUUUGAUGACAAGCUUUCAAACGUUAUUCGUCAGGCUUGUUUGAAUGUUGUGGAUUCAAUCACGUGACUUAGUGCAUUCGUCUGUGACUGAUAAACAACGUGGUCUUUCUUGUCUUUUUAUUUUGAAUGAUAUUGGUGUAUUUUUAGUUAAUAUGAUGGCGAAUUAAUGAUCAAACUAAA